CUUUAUUUUAUGCAUUUAUUUGAUAUAUUCUCUGCUCACUAAGGCUUGGUCUCUAUAAUUAAAAAACCUGUUCUGCAGAAGAAUUCUUCAGGACAACGAGACACCUGUUACAUCUAUAUAAAGUCAACUGUUCUCUCUCUCUCCAUCCAUUGCGCCUGGAUAUUUCUCUACAGAACACACCAUGAAGGUUGUUUUGAGCAUUCUGGUUGUUCUCCUCUGCGCAGCACAGGUGCAAUCCCUGAUUUGCCUUGUGUGUCCUGCUGGUACUGCUAAUGAAACAACUUGUACAGCCACUAAAGAGUGCGCAGCCAAUGAAACAUGUUUCAGCACUUAUACAGGCUCAGGAGGUAUCAUCACUGUUGAAAAAGGCUGCAAGGCAGCUUGUGUAGCUGCAGUUAACCCACGAACGUCCUGUUGCAGUACGAACAGCUGCAAUAAGGCACAGUUGAGAUGCUACACCUGUGAUAAAGCCAGUGAUGAGACAACAUGUGCUGUAAACGUCUGUGAUCUCUUAGACAAUACCUGCAAGAACACCUACGAAAAAACUGGAACAGGACCAAACCCUACCUACAGCGUGACGAAGACCUGUGCUACCAAUGCGACUUGCACUCAACUAUUGGAUGCGUUUCCUCGAGUGUCGUGCUGCACAGAGGCCAGUUGUAACGGUCUAUUGUCUUGCUUCACAUGUAAUGAUACGACUGAUGAGAGUUCCUGUGCUGCAAGUUCGUGUGCCUCUGGAACAUUCUGCAAGAGCGACUACAAACUCAACAGCACAGGAGUCCCUGCUGUCACCAAGUACUGUGCAGCUGAUUGCAAAAGUGUCAACAAUACAGCUGAUAAAAACACUAGGACAACUUGCUGCAAAACAGGCUACUGUAAUGAAAACGCCUUGAGUUGCAGCACUUGCAAUAAUCAAACUGACGAGUCUAAAUGUGAAGCAACAGCCUGCCCUGGAACUGCAAAACUAUGUCAGAGCAAUUAUGUCCUCACUGUACCAGGUGGACUAGUGACAAAGACAUGUGCUGCAGCUGGGACUUGUACACCCUCCGAUACUGUGAAGUGCUGUGGUACAUCUCUGUGUAACGUGGAUGCCUUGCUGUGUUAUACUUGUGACAAACAGAGUAACGAAAUAGCUUGUACAACUAGAACAGCCUGCGGACCGGCCUCUGGGAAAUGUUCAUCUGUUUAUGAAACAGGUGCAGAUGGUACAAUCACUGUCACAAAGGGCUGUGAGGCGUCUCGUGGUGCCUGUGUACCCGGGACAGUCGGCAACAAGAGGACAACAUGCUGUGAUCAGGACCUCUGUAAUGCCCCUACAAUCAAGUCGUGCCAGACAUGUGACUCUCAGAAGGAUGAAAGCAAAUGUGCUGUGCAAGACUGUGCAUCCCCCAGCUCCUUCUGCCGAAGCAAAAUCAACAUCAUUCAAGAAGGAGUCCCCAUUACCAAGGGAUGUGCCACAACAUGCACGGCAAGCAACACCGAGUCGUGUUGUCAAGUUUCAAACUGCAGAGUAAAUACCUUGAGCUGCCAGACAUGCACUGAUCAGGCUGAUGAAUCUCUGUGUAAUGCAACCGCGUGCCCUGCAGGUAGCUCUUACUGUCAGAGCACCUACAACUUCGCUAACCCUGCUAACAUCAAAGUCACAAAGGCAUGUGGGGUCAUUUGCACAGAGUCCAACACGGUGAACUGCUGCCAAACAUCCAACUGCAAUGUGAAAGUCUUGAAAUGUUAUACCUGUUACAAACAGAGUGACGAAACACAGUGUAAUACUCUAACAGCCUGUGGACCCGCUUCUGGAAAAUGUUCAUCUGUUUAUGAAACAGGUGCAGAUGGUACAAUCACUGUCACAAAGGGCUGUGAGGCGUCUCGUGGUGCCUGUGUACCCGGGACAGUCGGCAACACGCGGACAACAUGCUGUGAUCAGGACCUCUGUAAUGCACCUACACUGAGUUGCUACACCUGUUCUGCAACGACAGAUGAAACGAAGUGUACCAUGGUCACACCUUGCAGUGCAUCAAGCAGGUUCUGCAAAAACAUUCGCAGCACCAUUGCAGGAAUAACUGUUGCUGUCAUAAAGACCUGUGCGGAAACUUGCACUGCAUCAACGUCAGUCCUCCAAAAGGUAGAGUGCUGCCAGUCUGGCCUGUGUAACAAAUACAAUGGGUCCCCAUCUGUCCGAGCCAGCUACCUCCUGCUGACCAUGCCAGUCGGGCUGCUAAUUGCACUGCUCAAAGAAACACUCUGAGAAGAUUCUACAGAGAAUUGCAUUUACCAAGACACUGAACUGAAUGCAGUGAGUUGGUGGAUAAUUCAAUGAGUCACUUGGGGAGAGAGAGAGAGAAAUAAGAACCUGGCUAGCUCUUUUAGUAGCAGAGCGUGUAUUACAUUGUACUCACUUAAAUGUUAUGUGGUAUAUGUAGUUUAGUUUAAAGGGAAGUAAGGUAACUUUGUAAAUAAUUAUUUAGGUGGGUUGCAAUGGCAAUAGGUGACAGCAAGGCUUUGUGUACCCAGCUUUGUCAUUAUAGCGCCGCUUUCAUUGCGAUGGAAAUCAUCUGUUUGUUUUUAAUUCAACUGAGGGUGUUCUGUUGUCGAGUUAUAUUUCCGAUAUCUGCAUACCACUUAACAAAGGAGAAACCAAAUUUUCUUAAACACUGGAAAAGAAGGACCUGUGAUAAUGUUGCUACAAAGUGAUUUCUUUAAUAGUGGGAUUAGGGAUUUCUUUUAUGACUUGUACUCUGCUGUAGAUACAGUCUAGUUUGUUUUUCAGAAUAUGUCGAACAUGAAUGAUGUUUUUGUUACAAUAAACAAUAUGCUUCUGGUGGUAUUAUUGAUGUAUAUGUGAAUAUGCUGUUUCAGCUUAAUUUGAGAUGUAAACCUGAUGUUUAGAUUAUAUAGAAUCUGUAGGAAUGAGACUGUGCAUGUUGAAAUACAAAGAAAGUUUACUACAUAGGCUUAACACCUAGUUGAAUUUUCUUGGGUCUUGAAUGGAAGAAACAUCUCCUCUGUGUCUGAAAGAGCAUUCCCAGUUGUGAUAUUUCUGUAUCUUGAAAAACCAAUGCAUGUAAUCAAAUGUAAAACAUGUAUUUGAUACAGUAGUCUGUCAAGAAUAAUCUUUUAGUAAUCAAAAAACCAUGUCGUUUGAACAAUUAUCAAAGCAGAUUUGUCUGAUUCAUUAUUAUAAAUAAUAAAGGUACCACAAUUCCCUCCCUGCAAUCACUUUAUUAAAACAUAAAACUAUUCUUAAAGGGGCAUAUAAUACAGUCUCUAGCAUCCUUGGUAUUAUUAAUGCUUAUUAACCCUUCAAGGACUAUGAUGGUAUAAAUGAGAUCAUACUGAAGUGUCUUUCUGGGCCUGUGAUUGGGUAAACACGACCAACACACCUCCAUUUAUUGGCUUACUGGGCCACCAUAUUUUGCUGUAUAGGUUGGAAACACAUAUCGUUGAACAGGGGAGGGAUUGAAUUUAACUUUCUGGUUUUCGUGUGAAGACGGGCUUUUAGAAAAGAAAAAAACAUCACAGGAAGUUGUUUAGAGAUGAUGCAGAAGUGGAAAACACUGCAAAUCUGUUGUAUCUGACUUGUAAUUAUAUUAGAACAUUUACGCGGUCUGAU